GAGCGAGGCUGCCCGCUCUGAAAGGGUUGCUCUGCCUUCCAUUCCCGCAUCGAUCAAUAUCGAUUUCACGAUAGAACGAACAAUAUUAUAUCGUAUCGUUCUAUAAAAAUAGCGAUGAUCUCCCUACGUUAAAUCGUAUUUAAUCCGAAGCGAAAAGGCGGGAGGAUAAAGAUAAAAUAGAUAUUCGAUACGAUUAAUGUAGAAUUAAUGUGAAGAUUUGUUGUAAUAUACGUUUCUUGUUGUUGGAAAUGAGAGAGGAGAAGUGAGAAGGGUUAAGUGAAGAAAGUGCGGUAAAAGUUUGAAAACAAAUUUGACGAAUGUAACGUUUAUGAGAUAUAAUUUAAAUUAUCGAAUAAGUUUUAAAAAAAUAAAAUCGAAGAAAUUCGAGUGUUGAGUUAAAUGAAAAAUCUACGAAUAGAUUUUAUGUAUUCAAAAAUUGUAUUGGUAAAGGGUGACAGUUUUAUGAUGUGCAUUAUCAAUAUGACUAUCGCUUAUAAUAACGGCGACAGCUCACGAUGCAUCGAGUUUGAAAGGUCGCGACAAAAGAUUCGGGAGGGUGUACGGAAUCGAAUUUACUCGAGGACCAUAAUACUCCCUGUAAUCGCGCGCCACUCUUCGAAAGAAAUCGCGAUCCUUCGAAACUCGACGGAAGACAUGUCUCAAGUUCCUCUUAUCGCCGCUGAAGAAACUUCAACAACGGAAUCCCCAACUUGUAAUAUGGUGAUUCUCGAGGCCGGUCUACCUGGAGACACGUGGAGAUAUUGCGUAGAAAGGGAACGACUAGCUGAAAGAUCAGAAUGGUUUCGCGCGAUGCUCGUUGGUCCUCUCGCACCUGCACCCAGCGAUCCUCCGCCUCUUUUGAAGCUUCAACACGUGGAAAAAAGAGCCUUCGAUUAUCUGCUCAGAUAUCUUCUCGACGAGCCGAUCAAUUUUCAAUCUGUAUCCACUGCUAGGGCAACCCUCGAUGCAGCUCAUCAAUAUCUUUGUCCAGAAUUGGCACGACUUGCUGUUCAAUAUCUCGAAAGAAAUCUGAACUCGAAUACUGUGCUCGAAAUCUAUCAAGGCCUUAGUCUUUAUGCGAACCACAUAACCUCUGGUUUCAAUCGAUCAUCGAAUUUACCCACAGCUCCUCCAGCACCUGGAGACGAUGCUGGUGAAAUAGCCGCAGUCUGUACGCGACUUCUGACCGCUUGUUUGAACGUGAUCGACUCGGAACCAGAGGCGGUGUUCGACCAGGAACACUUUGAGGAAUUGAACUGCGCCGAAGUCGAGGAAUUGGCAUGUCGUGACAGCCUGAGAUUGGCCAACGAAUCUACGCUAUUUCACGCUUUGGACAGGUGGGCAGCGUCUGAGUGCAGAAGAAACGGUGUCGAGCCAUCGGCUGGCAAUAAAAGAUCCGCUUUAUCCGAUGAUGUAUGGUACAGCGUUCGAUAUCCUCUUAUGACUGACAGAGAAUUCAUCGAAGGCCCUAUGGCAAGUGGAAUUCUCUCGAGCGAGGAAUCGGCUUAUAUCGUGGCUAGAAUUUUGGGACAUACGAGAAAUAAUGAGAGUGAAGAGCUUAGAAAUUCGAUCGGUGGACCAUUACCCAGGUUAACCAGCACACCAAGAAUCGGUGUUAGGACGUACGAGGAUCAAAGCUGCAGGAUGUCAAAACCAGGAAAGAAAGAAUGCCAGGACAAUCGAAAAAAUAGAAGAAAGGAAUGCGCAACUCAAGGCCAGAGAACUUGCGCGAGAAUUGGUAAUUGUCUCGUACGAGUUCUCGCAUGUAUUUUCGAUUGAACGACAAAGAAAGCCAAGAUAAAGAGGAAUCGAUGAAAUCGGCAGAUUCUUGAAUCUCCCACCGAAAAUUAAAUUUCUUUUUUACCGAGUCUUUUGUUAAUGCAUUAUGAUGUAAAACAUUCUGAUUUUUUUGACUCACUAAUUUAGAUACUAAGGAUAAUGAUUCUGGGUUGAAUCGAUAUCAAGAAUCAUUUGCUAUCGUAUCGCUGAAAUAUCGUUCAGAGCUUGUCUUAUAGAUCUCGUUUCGUUUUCAUAUUUGUUCUCUUUUUUUUUUUUUCUUUUUUUAUUUUAUUUUUGCAAAUAAUCGUUAUACAAUGACAAGAAAGCUGAAAGAGGCUGAAAUUUAAUUAUGCAUUAUAUGUUAAUAAUGUCGUUUUUCGUUAGUUUUAUAUAUAAGCUUUUAGAUAUGACGUUCCUCCUUGAGAUGAGAUAUAUUCUUAGAAUAGAAAAACGAAUUUUAUAUGAUUGAAAUGUUUUUGAAUUUUAAAUGACUGUUUUGUGGUUUACAUAUUUUAUCAUUUUCAUUUUCUUUUAUAGAGAUAUUUACUUGUUAUAUAAUCGUAAUAAAUUUUGAUAAAAAAAUUUUUGGUUUCAAAAAUAAUACAAUGAUGAUUUCAUACAUUAGAAAUAACAUUUGCUUUUUCCUAUAGAAUAAUAAUAGUCAUGUUAUAUUGAUCUUUUUUAAAUUAUAUUACAUAUAAAGCAAAUAUUUAUAAACUUCUUGGUAAUAGUUUAACAUUGAUAUGAUAUUGAAGAAAAAACUUAUUUGAAAAUCGUGUUUUUAAGUUACUAUUUUAAAAUAGAUCAAUUCUAAAAAAAAAAAAAUAAUAUUGAUAAAGAGUAUUGUAUCUUGA